AUGGCUUGGGAAGGAGGAAUUGAACCAAAUGGCACGGAGGGCAAGAAUUUCUACAUUCCCAUGUCCAACAGGACUGGAAUUGUUAGAAAUCCUUUUGAAUACCCACAGUACUAUUUGGCAGAUCCCAUCAUGUUCAAGCUUCUAGCUUUCUACAUGUUUUUCCUGAUCUGUACUGGAACUCCCAUCAACGGCUUGACAUUGAUGGUCACAGCUCAGAACAAGAAGCUCCGGCAACCUCUCAACUACAUCCUGGUCAACCUGGCUGUGGCUGGACUCAUCAUGUGCUCCUUUGGAUUUACCAUCACCAUCACCUCAGCUGUUAACGGCUACUUUGUUCUUGGAGCCACUGCCUGUGCUGUUGAGGGAUUCAUGGCCACACUGGGAGGGGAAGUUGCUCUCUGGUCUCUGGUUGUCCUGGCUAUUGAGAGAUACAUUGUUGUCUGCAAACCCAUGGGAAGCUUCAAAUUCACUGGAACUCACGCAGCAGCUGGAGUCGCUUUCACCUGGAUCAUGGCUUCUGCAUGCGCCGCUCCCCCACUGUUUGGCUGGUCCAGGUACCUUCCUGAGGGCAUGCAGUGCUCCUGCGGACCUGACUACUACACUCUGGCCCCUGGCUUCAACAACGAAUCAUACGUCAUCUACAUGUUUGUCGUCCACUUCUUCGUUCCUGUCUUCCUCAUUUUCUUCACUUAUGGAAGCCUUGUGCUGACAGUCAAAGCCGCUGCAGCCCAGCAGCAGGAGUCAGAGUCCACCCAGAAAGCUGAAAGAGAAGUGACACGUAUGUGCAUCCUGAUGGUCUUUGGCUUCCUGGUAGCCUGGGUACCUUAUGCCACUUUUGCCGCCUGGAUUUUCCUGAACAAGGGAGCUGCCUUCUCUGCCCUGACUGCAGCCAUCCCUGCCUUCUUUGCAAAGAGCUCAGCUCUGUAUAAUCCUGUUAUCUAUGUGCUGAUGAACAAACAGUUCCGUAACUGUAUGCUGAGCGCUAUUGGAAUGGGCGGCAUGGUGGAGGAUGAGACCUCAGUUUCGGCCAGCAAGACAGAAGUGUCCUCUGUCUCUUAA